UUACUGUAAGUAGUGGGAUAGUGCUGGGUAGGGUGAACUGUGUUGUUAUUCUUACUAAGAUUAAAUGUAUUUUGCUUUUUUUUUUUCUUUAAACAUUUUGUAACCUUUUUCUGUCUUGGAUAUAACCACGGAGUACUUUCGUUUGUUUGUUUUAAUAAUACUAUCGGGGGUAUUUGUUUCCUUGUAUUUAUAUAAACAUUUUAAUUUAACCCGCAUUGUGGCUAGGGCUCAUUGACACUAGAUUUUAAGUCGGUAUUGCUGUGGACUUAUACAAAAGGCAUUUCGGUGUGGCUUUUUUUUUUUUUUUUUUUUAUCCCACUAACUGGAUUACCCUGGUGAGAGCCGUCAGUGCGGCGAAAAUUGCAUUCAAAAGAGAGUUAAAGGUGGACUGCUUCCAUUGUAGUGCAUACUUUGUGAAUUUUUGUAGUCAUCUGUUUUACUACUAUCACUGGACAGUCUUUAAAACCAAGGAAGGCCCGACAAUAUACAACUUGGAGCUGCAACGAUUAAAUAACGCUUGUUUUGUUCUGCAAAGGAUAUAUUUAUGUGUGUGCUGGAAGGACUCGAGUGGGAUUUUUUUUCCGGUGUCUCCUCUUUUUGCAAUCCAGGAUGGUCUUGUCACAGUUCUGAGUUUCCCUUGUGUUCUUCUCAAUUUCACGUGAACCUGGUUGAAAUAUAAACAACCGAGAACCGAGCUUCGCAGGAGGAGAUACGUGGUCGAAGAAGAUGUUUCCUCAAAGCAGACAUCCCACGCCGCAUCAGCCAGCGGGACAUCCCUUUAAAUUUACUAUCCCCGAGUCCUUGGAUCGGAUAAAAGAAGAAUUUCAGUUUCUACAAGCUCAGUAUCACAGUCUGAAGCUGGAGUGUGAGAAACUUGCCAGUGAAAAAACAGAAAUGCAGAGGCACUAUGUUAUGUACUAUGAAAUGUCUUACGGGCUCAACAUUGAAAUGCAUAAGCAGACAGAAAUUGCGAAGAGGCUGAAUACUAUUUGUGCACAGGUCAUCCCGUUUCUGUCUCAAGAACACCAACAACAAGUUGCACAAGCAGUGGAGCGAGCCAAGCAAGUAACCAUGGCAGAACUGAACGCCGUCAUCGGGGUACGUGGCCUUCCAGGUCUACCUCCUACACAGCAGCAGCAACUCCAGGCCCAGCAUCUGUCCCAUGGCCACGGCCCCCCAGUGCCUCUCACUCCCCACCCUUCAGGAUUGCACCCUUCUGGACUGCCCCAUCUGGGCAGCAGCGCGGGCCUCCUGGCUCUUUCUAGCGCUCUUGGUGGGCACCCUCACCUGCCAAUUAAGGAUGACAAGAAAAACCACCACGAUUCAGACCACCACAGAGAGAAAGAACCAAGCACAAGUAAUUCCUUGAUGGUCCCCGAAAGUCUGCGAAGCUCAGAUAAACGUCGCAAUGGACCAGAAUUUUCAAAUGACUUGAAGAAAAGAAAAGUUGAAGAUAAAGAUUCAAGCCAUUACGACAGUGAUGGAGACAAAAGUGAUGACAACUUAGUAGUUGACGUUUCUAAUGAGGACCCUGCUUCACCACGUGGUACUCCUGUUCACUCGCCAAGGGAGAACGGUCUGGACAAAACUCGCCUGCUGAAGAAGGAUGCUUCCAGCAGUCCAGCAUCAACAGCGUCCUCAAGCAGCUCCUCUUCCCUCAAGUCCAAAGAGAUGAGCAUGCAUGAAAAAGCCAGUGCCCCUGUGUUAAAAUCCACUACACCAACUCCUCGACGGGACGUGUCCACUCCAAGCACCAGUGCCACCCCCAGUCUGCGGCCCAGUCUAGCCAAACCUCCAUCCAUGGAGCAACUAGCGAAUCAUUCUGCUGCAGGGUUGAGGGCCCCCUUGGCAGUCCCAGGUCCCUAUCCUGGCCAGUUUGGUAUGGUGCCCCAUGCUGGGAUGAAUGGAGAUCUGACCAAUCCAGGGGCUGCUUACGCCAGUCUCCACAACAUGUCACCUCAGAUGAGUGCUGCUGCAGCUGCUGCAGCAGUGGUAGCCUAUGGACGCUCCCCCAUGGUUGGGUUCGACCCACUUCCUCACGUGCGAGGAAUUCCUCCAAAUCUGGCAGGCAUCCCUGGCGGAAAACCAGCAUACUCAUUUCAUGUGAGUGCUGACGGCCAGAUGCAGCCUGUGCCCUUCCCUCCCGAUGCUCUGAUUGGUCCGGGAAUCCCUCGGCACGCCCGUCAGAUCAACACUUUGAGUCACGGAGAGGUGGUGUGCGCAGUUACCAUCAGCAAUCCCACUAGACACGUGUAUACUGGUGGCAAGGGCUGUGUGAAGGUCUGGGACAUCAGCCAGCCAGGCAACAAGAGCCCAGUGUCUCAGUUGGACUGCUUGAACAGAGAUAACUACAUCCGCUCCUGUAAAUUGCUGCCCGAUGGAUGUACCCUGAUUGUCGGCGGGGAGGCCAGCACGUUAUCCAUCUGGGACCUGGCGGCUCCCACCCCACGCAUUAAGGCAGAGUUGACAUCGUCGGCUCCUGCCUGCUAUGCUCUGGCCAUCAGUCCUGAUUCCAAGGUCUGCUUCUCCUGCUGCAGUGACGGCAACAUCGCAGUCUGGGACCUGCACAACCAGACACUAGUCAGGCAGUUCCAGGGCCACACGGAUGGAGCCAGCUGUAUUGAUAUUUCGAAUGAUGGCACCAAGCUGUGGACAGGAGGCUUGGACAACACAGUCAGGUCCUGGGACCUCCGAGAAGGAAGGCAGCUACAGCAACAUGACUUUACUUCCCAGAUCUUUUCCCUUGGGUACUGCCCAACUGGAGAAUGGCUGGCUGUGGGAAUGGAGAGCAGUAACGUUGAAGUGUUGCACGUGAACAAACCAGACAAGUACCAACUGCACCUCCACGAGAGUUGUGUACUAUCAUUGCAGUUUGCUUACUGUGGUAAAUGGUUUGUGAGCACUGGGAAAGAUAACCUGCUGAAUGCUUGGAGGACACCAUAUGGAGCCAGCAUAUUCCAGUCCAAGGAAUCGUCCUCCGUGCUUAGCUGCGAUAUCUCUGUGGAUGAUAAAUACAUUGUCACAGGCUCCGGGGACAAGAAGGCCACUGUUUAUGAAGUCAUCUACUGAAUACCAAAUGCUUUUUUGUACCUUAUACGUCUUUACUGGGCCAAAGCCAAGAUCCUGCAGAUAGAUUAGGACCCUGUAGCUUUCUGGGAGUGCAAACUGCUCACUGUGAUUGAUUGGUGAUUACAGCGAAGAGACAUACAGACAUACAAGAGACAUCACUUAGGUUUGCUCAAUUGGACGGGGGGACGGGAUGGGGGGGGGGGGGGUCGUCAUGUCAGUGGAAUGGACAGGAGGAGGUCUCAAAGAAUAUCUGAAGAAAUUAAGAUCAGGACUUGUUCUUUCUAGAUAUUUGGAAGAAUGUGAAUGCUAAACACUUUCUGUUGCCUGAGUCUGUGUUUCCUAGUCUUUCAGCAACUAUUCUGUCUAAUUGUAGAACAGUGGGUUUCUCAGAUUAAUUUGAUCCGUUUUUUUUUUUUUUUGCAUCUUGUGAUACGUUUUUGUAUUUGUCGGUCAAACAUUUGUACAAAUUGUAAAUAUUUGGUUUAUUACAGUAAAGGUUUUAGUAACAACAAUGU